AUGACUCAGGUGGAUUUCGAGGAAAUCCGACAAAAGGGCACGCCUGCAGCAAAGGGAGUUAUUGACAGAGUAACCGAAGCCGGACUUGAGUACUUUCUCGGCGGUCCCCAUGUUCUAUAUAGAGAAGCGGUUGAAGAAUUCUUCAAAACCGCAACUCUAUCUGGCGACAAGAUCACCGCGACUGUCAGCGGUACUGAAUUCGAGCUAACCGAAGAAUCGGUUACGGAGAGCCUACGCCUUCCAACAGACGGCCAAGAUGCAGCGUCGGAUCUAGAACUAACAACGUUCGAGGCAGCAUGUCAAAUACUCUCAGCAACCAAGGAACCAUUAAAAGUAUCCGGUAACAAAGCGACACUACGACCGGAGAAGGUUAAUAAGAUCCAAACACUUCCUAGAGAGGAAGCAGCCGGCCCCCGGCUCCACAGGUGGCCGAAAGAAGACAUCCACCAAGAAAUCAGCCCCGGUAAAAGAAAAGACCGGAAGCAAGGGCAAGGAGAAGAUAGUAUUCUCGAACCGCCAUCACAAACAAGAGAUGAGGAAGAAUCGGCUUCCACGUCUGAACGGACCGACUCUGAGAAAACCGAUGAUGAAAGACCGAAUGAUGAAGAGCAUUCGGGUACAAGUCCCGAUAAUACCGGUACGGGCGCAAAUCCUGAGAACGCCGAGGCCAGUGAAGAAGGCAGUGAAGAGGAGGAGGAGGAGGACGACCAGAAGAAGGCCGAUUUUAUAGCGCGCCGGAUCUUGAAGGACGUUGAACUACGAGCUGAAGCGGUCGGGGAAUUAUACCGGGAAUGGCACGAGAACCGAUUCGAUAGACUUUACAAACACAUGUUACCGGGCCUAAUCGACGAAGAGUGUUUCCGAAGGCUGAAGGAAAUAGAGGAAACAGUCAUGAGCCUCACAAACGCCGAAACUAUUCACGAAGCCUUGGGCCGAACCUCCAUCAUAAGACCGCGAGCCCGGCUACAGAAGCUAACCGUACGGAUCCGGAAGCUUAAGGAAAGGUACGUCGAGGGAACACCGGAGGCUAACUUACAGCUCUUGGUGUUAGAAAAACUUGAGACAGUGAGAGGAGAACUCGCAGAAGAAAUCGAUCGACUUGAGGCGGUGGUCGGACAGCGAGGAAAACAGCACUCUCUAGCUUCUGAGACCGAUCAUGGUGCAACUCCUCCUCGGGCGGAUCCGGUGAUAAACGAAACCGAUGAAAGGACGGAGACUCCUCUCGUCGGGAAACUUGAAACUGAACAACAUGGGGUCUCAGAACCGGGCGUCACAAAAGAAAACUUGAAUGCGAGCCUUGAAGACCGCAACAACAAGCUACAAGACGACCUCAAGGCGCUCACCUCACAAGUUGAUGAAUUGAUCAAGGCCAAGAUGAAUGCAGAUAUUGCGGUUGUGGAGGCAAAUGCCCGAGCGGCUAAGGAAGUCCAGGAUGCGCUGGACGAAGAAGCCAGAAGAGAAAAGGAGCCACCGCAACUUACUGAAGAAGAAAGAGCCGAGCGAGAACGAAGGACAGUGGCUAAGUACCCGGGACUUGCAAAGUCCGUAGCCGCUCAAGCUGCAGCGGAUGCAGAGCGGCUAAAUAAUGAACGACAAAGACUUGAAGACUUUGCAACCGCUCACAAGAAGAAGAAAACAACGGCUCCUUCCUAUUCGGUUCCGGCGAAACAGAAAAGGAAACCAUCAAAGAAGGCUCAGGUAGCCGGGCUGCUGGAUGGGAUCACUGACACGGUUAUUGAAAGUCAACCGGACCAGGCUACUCGCACCGAAGAUGAAGAUGAAGAACAUCUGGUGGAGCGUUCUACAAGACAACGAGUCUCCGAAUCGGCCAGUCAACCGCAACCGUUUAAGAGGAAACGGACCAAGGAUAUGAUGGCCAGCUUCAACUUCUCCGACUCAGAAUAG